GAUGGGAGCGAGCUUGACGGAAAGAUACUCCGAGAGAGAGACGGGAGAUUCUAAGGAGAUUUCAAUGGCGGACGAUCCGUACGUCUUCCUCGACAUCGUUUUAAAUCCAGACGGUUCACUCACACGGCCCACCUCCAUCCCUCUCUCUCCUCCACAACCAAAGCCUCAGCAACCUUACUACGUUCUCUCCAAAGACGUACCCCUUAAUCCCUCCAACAACACCUCCAUUCGGAUAUUGCGCCCCCAUUUUUUGACAUCAACGGCCCCUCUCCCUAUCAUAAUCUACUUCCACGGUGGCGGUUUCAUCUACUGCAACGCUGCAUCUGCUCCUUACCACGUGGCAUGCGAGCACAUGUCCAGUCUCGUACCUGCUAUCGUCCUCUCGGUCGAGUACCGGCUCGCGCCCGAGCACCCUCUCCCCGCCGCGUACGAUGAUGCGAUCGACGCCAUCCGUUGGGUACGAGACCAGUCCAUUUCCGAUCUCCACCGCGACACGUGGAUGGCUCCCGAUCUCGCCGAUUUCUCUCGUUGUUUCCUCAUGGGCACCAGCGCCGGCAGCAACAUCGUGUACCACGUGGCCAUACGGGCGUUGGAUCUGGACCCUCCGUUCAAGAUUUCUGGGGUGAUCAUGAACCAGCCCUUCUUUGGUGGGGUCCAGAGGACGGAGUCGGAGCUGAGGAUGGCCCAGGAUCAGAUCGUACCCCUCCAUGUUACCGACCUGAUGUGGCGCUUGGCCUUGCCGCGUGGGGCCGACAGGGACCACGAGUUCUGUAACCCGAUUACGCCCGGGUCCCACCACGAUCGGGUCGGGUCGUUGCCGCCGUGCUUGGUGAAGGGCUACAGCGGGGACCCGCUCGUGGACCGUCAGCGCACUUUCGUAUGGAUGCUGGAAGGACGUGGGGUCCACGUGGUGGGCCGAUUCGAUGAGGGUGGACUCCAUGCCGUUGAGUUAUUUGAUUCGCAGAAGGCCCAGGACCUCUUUACGGACGUCAGGGAUUUCAUCUCCUCAGUCAGCAAUGGCCAUAACAACCCUUCAAAUGAGUGGGACAAGGCUACGACGAUGACAACUGCAACAACCACCACCCAUAUGACAUAAACUAUGGUGAAUGGUAGUCAAGGAACAGGUUCAAAUGAGUGGGACAAGGAUGUACGACCGUUCAGAUGAGUG